CGUUCCCAGCCUGGAAGCCUCGGCUGGUGGAACUGCUGUCUGGAGGGACGACCCAAAACUACAGCGCCGACUGUAGCUGUCAUUUUUGGGGUGUAGUUUCGGGGGUUCCUUCAAGGCUCGACUUUUCUCCCCCCUUUUUUUUUUUUUAUUUUGGAUUUCGUGACAAAAAAUUGGAUAAAGAGAUUUCUGGUUGUUUUCCCUGAAGUCAGCCCGACUCUGGGCAUCCCAGGCAUCCUUGUGCAAGACAAGGUGCCGACCAACAUGUCCACACAGGCGCCGACUUUCACACAGCCGCUGCAGAGCGUCGUGGCACUAGAGGGUAGUGCCGCGACGUUCCAGGCUCAAGUUAGUGGUUCUCCAGUUCCCGAGGUGAGCUGGUUUCGUGAUGGCCAGGUUCUUUCUUCCGCCGCCUUGCCCGGCGUGCAGAUCUCGUUCAGCGACGGCCGCGCUGCUCUGACGAUCCCCGCGGUGACCGCCGCACACAGCGGGAGGUUCUCAGUCCGAGCGACCAACGGAGCCGGGCAGGCCACCAGCACCGCAGAACUGCUGGUCACAGCUGAGACAGCCCCCCCGAGCUUCUCCCAGCGGCUCCAGAGCGCCGCGGUGCGCCAGGGCAGCCAGGUGAAGCUGGACGUGCGCGUUUCAGGCAUCCCGGCGCCAACCGUGAAGUUCUUCCGAGAGGGAGCCGAGAUCCAGAGCUCCGCAGACUUCAGGAUCCUGCAGGACGGAGACAUGUACAGCCUGCUGAUCGCCGAGGCUUUCCCAGAGGAUUCUGGGAAUUAUUCUGUCACCGCCAGCAACAGCAGCGGACGAGCCACCUCCACCUGCGAGCUGCUGGUUCAGGGUGAAGAAGCCGUACCAACGAAGAAGACUAAGACCGUAGUUUCCACCUCCCAGAUGGCCAGUUCCCAGACCAGAGUGCAGAGGAAGGUGGAGUCCAGUUUCCAGUCCAGCACCAUGAUGGAGAUGCACGUCGAAGGAGGAAUGAUGACUCAGCAUCUGGCUCACAAGACCCCUCCGCGGGUCCCCCCGAAGCCGACCUCCAAGUCCCCCCCGUCCUUUGUUUCCAAGGUGACGGCAGGACGCCAGCAGUCGCCGUCACCGGUCCGCCACGUGAAGGGCCCGUCUCCCGCGCCCGUCAGACCUGUCUCUCCCUCCAGCAGACUCUCCGUCUCCCCCAUCAGACCCGUCAAGUCUCCCAUCAUGACCAAGAAACAGCUCUCGUCUGCCGAGGUCCUGCCGCCCUGGAAGCAGGGAGGCUACGCGUCUGAAGCCAGCUACGCCAGUAUGACCGGCAUGGCCAGUGCCAGCAGUAUGACCGGCAUGGCCAGUGCCCCAGUAUGUGUGAGCAGUGUGAGCAGCGCCAGCCAGCUUCAUGUGGAGAAACACUGGGAGCAGCAGGUCACCGCCACCAAAGAGGCUGAGGGUGAGGUCAAAGCCGAGGCCGUGGCCACGGUGGUGGCCGCCGUGGACCUCGCGCGUGUCCGCCUGCCCGUGCACGCUAGAGACGGGCCGGCUGUAGAGGAGGAGAUCAGGCAGCCGGUCGCAACAACAACCGAAGAGAAACAUGUCGUUGUAAUGAAAACGCUUCCAGCUGAAGCCCCCGCAAAGCCGCUCACAGUCUCCCUGGAAACCAAGGAAACCAAGGAAACCAAGAUUCAGAGAACAGCAGAGCUGUCCUCCCGGGUGGACGCGGGUCUCGCCCCGUCUCCAGUAGUUCCACAUUUCACAGUUUCUAAAGUCUCCGUCCCAAAACACGAACCGAGCCACCACGAGGUUUCCAUCGCCGGCUCUGCCAUCGCCACUCUGCACAAAGAGCUGUCGUCCUCCUCCGCUCCCAGAAAGAUCAUCAAGCCCGUCAAGUCUCCCAGUCCAUCUCGCCGUGCGGUGGCGCCGCUGCUGCCGGCCGUGCACGGGACGCCAGAGCCCCUCCCCCCGCCGUUUCGAGACGCCAGAUAUCAGCGGGGCGGAGCGAGCGAGGAGGAGUUUGAGGACUGGGAACCUCAGGAGGCGGCCGCCGUUCCCUCCGGAGCUCAGGAGCCCGUCGUUCCUCCCACGCUUAUCGCUGGUCUGAAGAACGUGAUGACGGAGGGCGAGACGGUGACCCUGGAGUGCCAGAUCAGCGGCCAGCCGGCUCCCAGCAUCCUCUGGUUCAGAGAGGACUACAAGAUCGAGAGCUCCAUCGACUUCCAGAUCAGCUACGCGGGCGGGUUCGCCCGGCUGGUGAUCAGAGAGGCCUUCGCCGAAGACAGCGGGCGCUUCACCUGCACCGCCACCAGCGAGGCCGGCACGGUCAGCACCUCCUGCUACCUGCUGGUCAAAGUGUCUGAAGAGAUGGAGAGCCGAGAGGAGAUCACGAUGAUCUGCGAGCCGGGACACCUGGAGGAGAAGACCGUUACCAUGGAGACACGGGAACUGGCGCCGAUGGUGAUGGUGACUGUCGACGAGGCCGCCGCACCUCCCUUCUUCGUCCACAAACCCACGGUGCAGAAGCUGGUGGAGGGGGGGGCGGUGGUGUUCCAGUGCCAGGUCGGAGGGAACCCCAAACCCCACAUCAUCUGGAAGAAGAGUGGAGUACCACUCACUACAGGAUACAGAUACAAAGUGAGCUACAAGAAGGAGAGCGGAGAAUGCCGCCUGGAGAUCUCCAUGACCUUCGCUGACGACGCUGGAGAGUACUCCAUCUUUGUGAAGAACCCCCACGGAGAAGCCUCGGCCUCAGCCAGCCUGCUGGACGAAGAGGCUUAUGACGCCUAUAUGAAGCAACAUGACGUGACGUAUAAAACAGAAGUGACCACGACGGUGGUGCAGGAGCCCUCUGUGGUCGUGACCCAGUACGAGCAGGACCAGAGGAGGACCACCACCCCCAUGAGCUUUGUCUCAGAAACGGAGUUUCUGAUUUCAGCCUUUGAGGAGCGGAUCAUCCAGGAGAUUGAGCUGCGUAUCUUAAGGAUCAGCUACAGCGAGCUGGUGACGGAGGACGGCGAGCUGAUGGUGACUGUCGCGGAGGACGAGGCGCUGCAGCCCGCCUUCGACACGCCCGUCAAAAACUACAGAAUCAUGGACGGCAUGGGCGUCACUUUCCACUGCAGGAUGGCUGGACGUCCUCUGCCGAAGAUUGCUUGGUACAAAGACGGCCAGCGCAUCAGGCCCGGCGGCCGGUACCAGAUGGAGGUUCUGCAGGACGGACGGGCCAGCCUGCGCGUGCCCGUGGUCCUGCCGGAGGACGAGGGCGUGUACACAGCCUUCGCCUCCAACAUGAAGGGGAACGCCGUCAGCUCUGGGAAGCUCUACGUAGAGCCGUCCGGCGCCGUGACGCCUCAGAGAUACACACCGCAGCCAGCCAUGCAGAGGAUCAGAUCCACGUCUCCACGCUCUCUGAGCCGCUCACCUGGCCGUUCUUCCAGCCGUUCGCCCGGACGCUCUCCGUCCCGUCGGCUCGACGACACAGACGAGGCUCAGCUGGAGAGACUCUACAAGCCUGUGUUUGUCCUGAAACCUUCCUCUAUCAAAUGCUCCGAGGGGCAGACUGCCAGAUUCGAUUUAAAGGUUGUGGGCAGACCGAUGCCCGACACAUACUGGUUCCACAACGGACAACAAGUAACAAAUGACUACACACACAAGAUAGUGGUUAAAGAGGACGGUACACAGUCCCUGAUCAUCGUCCCGGCCAUGCCACAAGACUCUGGAGAGUGGACGGUCAUCGCACAGAACAGAGCUGGACGGACUUCUGUCUCUCUAACUCUUACUGUUGAAGCUCGAGAAAGCGUGGCGCGCCCUCAGUUUAUCGAGAAGCUGAGGAACAUCACCGUGAAGCAGGGCACUCUGGUCGAGCUGGCUGUCAAAGCCAUCGGAAACCCACUGCCAGACAUCGUCUGGCUGAAGAACAGUGACAUCAUCACCCCACAGAAACACCCACAUAUCAAGAUUGACGGGACUAAAGGAGAGGCCAAAUUCCAGAUUGUAUCUUCUUCCGGCUCGGACAGCGCCUGGUACACGGCCACGGCCAUCAACAAGGCCGGCAGAGACACAACUCGCUGCAGAGUCAACGUAGAGGUGGACUUCGCCGCGCCGCAAGCCGAGAGGAAGCUCAUCAUCACCAAAGGAACGUACAAGACCAAGGACAUCGCAGCGCCCGAGCUGGAGCCUCUUCACCAGCGUUACGGCCAAGAGCAGUGGGAGGAGGGCGACCUUUUUGACAAAGAGAAGCAGCAGAAACCGCUCUUCAAGAAGAAGCUGACUUCUAUCCGAAUGAAGCGCUUCGGUCCGGCUCAUUUCGAGUGCAGACUGACCCCGAUCGGCGACCCCAACAUGGCGGUGGAGUGGCUGCACGACGGCAAACCCCUGGAAGCGGCCAACCGGCUCCGCAUGGUCAACGAAUUCGGCUACUGCAGCCUCGACUACGAAGCCGCCUACGCCAGAGACAGCGGCGUCAUCACCUGCAGAGCCACCAACAAGUUCGGAGUGGAUCAGACCUCGGCAACGCUCAUCGUCAAGGACGAGAAGGGCCUCGUCGAGGAUACGCAGCUACCCGAAGGCAGGAGGGGAGCGCACAGGAUCGAUGAGAUCGAACGCAUGGCGCACACGGGAGGACCCUACGGGGUCACCGCCGACGAAGAAAUGGAGAAGAUGAAACCAGAGAUUGUGCUUCUUCCCGAACCAGCCAGAGUUCUUGAAGGCGGCAUCGCGCGGUUCCGCUGCAGAGUGACCGGUUAUCCCGCGCCCAAAGUCAACUGGUACCUCAACGGACAACUGAUUCGCAAAAGCAAGCGAUACAGACUUACCUACGAUGGCAUUUACUACUUGGAGAUCGUCGACGUCAAGUCCUACGACUCCGGAGAAGUCAGGGUGGUGGCGGACAACCCUCUCGGCACAACCGAGCACACGGUGAAGGUGGAGAUCCAACAGAAGGAAGACUUCAGAUCCGUGCUGCGCCGCGCUCCCGAUCAGAAGGCCGCGGAGGCACCGCACGACCCCGGCAGGGUCGGAUUUGAUGUGGUGAAGGUGGAGCGACCCGGCGAGUCCGCGCAGGACCGAGAAGUCGUGAAGCUGCGCAAGGCGCAGAGAGUCGUUCACGAGAAAACCUCGGAGGAGUCGGACGAACUGAAGAGCAAGUUCAAGCGCAGGACGGAGGAAGGUUUCUACGAGUCCCUCUCCGCCGUGGAGUUCAAGUCGCGCAAGAGGGACGACUCCUACGAGGACCUGCUGAAGAAGACCAAGGACGAUCUCCUCCAUCGCCUGAAAGAGAAAGAAGAAGCCGAGAGGAAGAAGAUGGAGGAACAGGGCACAGUCACGAUCCCCACGAUCAAACCGGAGAGGGUCCAGCUCUCCCCGAGCAUGGAAGCGCCCAAGAUCCUCCAACGCAUCACGAGCAAGACGGUCGCCCCGCUGGACGAGGUGCGUUUCCAGCUGCGAGUCGUCGGCAGACCGGAACCCGAGUGCCAGUGGUUCAAGAACGGCGUCCUGGUGGAGAAGACCGAGCGUAUCUACUGGUACUGGCCGGAGGACCACUUGUGCGAGCUGGUGAUCCGAGACGUGACGGCAGAGGACUCCGCCAGCAUCAUGGUGAAAGCCGUGAAUGUCGCCGGCGAGGCCUCCAGCCACGCCUUCCUGCUCGUGCAAGGCAAGACGGCGGUGACCUUCACCCAACAUCUGGAGGACGUCAGCGCCAACGAGAAGGACACCAUGGUGACCUUCGAGUGUGAAACCAACGAGCCUUUCACCAAAGUCAAAUGGCUCAAGAACAACACGGAGAUCUUCUCCGGAGACAAAUACAGAAUGCACUCGGACAGAAAGGUCCACUUCCUGUCCGUGCUGGUCAUCGAAAUGAAGGACGCCGCCGAAUACUCGUGUGUGCUCGUAGACGACGACAGCAUCAGGACGAGCGCCAGGCUCCACGUAGAAGGCGCUGCCCUGGAGCUGAGGAAACCUCUGGAGAGCAUCGAGGUGCCCGAGACGUACGCCGGAGAGUUUGAGGUGGAGCUGUCCCGCGAGGACGCCGAGGGCAGCUGGUUCUUCGGGGACAAGGAGCUGUCUCCCAGCGGUAAAUACAUCAUGUCCUCCCGCCGAGGGAGACACACCCUGUCCAUCAAAGACGUGAGGAAGGAAGACCAGGGGAAGUACAGCUUCGUAUGUGGAGAUCUGAGGACCAGCGCCUCGCUGAAGAUGAAACUGCGCCCCGUCACCCUGAUGCAGCCUCUAACCGACCUGACCGUGUGCGAGGGCGAUAUCGCCCAGCUGGAGGUCCGCUUCUCGCAGGAGAACGUGGAGGGAACCUGGAUGAAGAACGGCGCUGCCGUCUCGGCCUCGGACCGCGUCCACAUCGUCAUCGACAAACAGAUCCACAAGCUGCUGCUGGAGAACGUCACCAGGGAAGACGCCGCUUCCUACGCCUUCGUGGUUCCCGCGCAGGACAUCUCCACCUCGGGCAAACUCAGCGUUCAGACGAUCGACAUCGUGGUUCCGCUGAAGGACGUGUCCUCGGUCGAAGGCACCAAGGCGGUCCUGGAGGCCAAGAUCUCCGCUCAGGACAUCAGCUCGGUCAAAUGGUACCUCAACGACAAACUGCUGCUGCCCAGCGACCGGAUCCAGAUGGUUGCCAAGGGAUCCAAGCAGCGACUGGUCUUCAGCAGGACCUACGCUUCUGAUACCGGACGCUACAAACUGGUGGUCGGAAAGGUGGACACCAGCUGCAGCCUCACUGUCCAAAAGGUUCACAUCGUGAAGCACAUGGAGGACAAGGUCUGCUCCGAGUCCCAGAACGUUACCUUCAACGUGGAAGUGUCUCACCCCGGCAUCGACCCCGUCUGGACCUUCAGGAACCAGCAGCUCAAAGCCGGACCCAAAUACAAGAUGGAGUCCAAGGGCGUGGCCCACUCUCUGACCGUCAUCGACGCCAUGAAGGACGUGGACGGCCAGUACACGUUCCACGCCGGGGAACAGACGUCCAGCGCCAAGCUCACCGUCUCCGGCGGUGCCAUCACGCGGCCGCUGCAGGACGUCAUGGUGGCCGAGUCUCAGACGGCGGCGCUGGAGUGUGAGGUCGCCAACGCCAACGCCGAGGGCAGGUGGCUGAAGGACGGCCAGCACGUGGACUUCAACGAGAACGUGACGAGCGAGGUGAAGGGCGCGGUCAGACGCCUCGUCAUCGCCAUCACCAGACCGCAGGACGUCGGCGAGUACACCUACCAGGUGGCCACCUCCAAGACCACCGCUAACCUGCGCGUGGAGGCGGUGAAGAUCAAGAAGACUCUGAAGAACCAGACGGUGACGGAGACCCAGGAGGCCGUGUUCACGCUGGAGCUCACCCACUUCGACGUGAAAGGAUCGCAGUGGAUCAAGAACGGCGUGGAGCUGCAGAACAGCGACAAGUACGAGAUCACGUCCGCCGGCGUGGUCCACACGCUGAAGGUCAAGAACUGCAACACGCAAGACGAGUCCGUUUACUCCUUCAAACUGGGGAAACUGUCGGCCAACGCCAGACUCAACGUGGAGACGAUCAAAAUCGUGAAGAAGAUAAAGGACGUGACCUCGCUGCUGGACAGCCCCGCCUCCUUCGAGCUCAGCCUAUCACACGACGGCAUCCCAGUCAAGUGGAUGUUUAAAGGCGCAGAGCUCAAGGCGAGCGACAAGUGCAAGAUUCUGUCGGAGCGCAAAGCUCACAAACUGAUCCUGCAGAACGUGGCGAGCAGCGACGCCGGAGAGUACAGCGCCGUGGUCGGACACCUGCAGUGCAGCGCCACGCUCACCGUGGAAGCGCUGCGAGUCACCAAACCUCUGAAGAGCGUGAGCGUGCCGGAGACGCAGGUGGCCACGUUCGAGUGUGAAGUGUCCCACUUCAACGUGCCGGCCACCUGGCUGCGUGGCGGCGUGGAGAUCGAGAUGAGCGAGAAGUUCAGGAUCGUGGUUCAGGGGAAACUCCACCAGCUGAAGAUCAUGAACACCAGCCGGGACGACUCGGCCGAGUACACCUUCGUCUGCGGGAACGACCGCGUGUCCGCCACGCUCACCGUCAGCCCGGUCCUGAUCACGUCCAUGAUGAAGGACCUGAACGCUCAGGAGCGAGACACCAUCACCUUCGAGGUCACGGUGAACUACGAGGGCGUCAGCUACAAGUGGCUGAAGAACGGCGUGGAGGUCAAGUCUUCCGACAGGUGCCAGGUCCGCAGCCGGCAGCUCACGCACUCGCUCACCAUCAGGAACGUCCACUUCGGGGACGGAGGAGAGUACCAGUUCGUGGCCGGCUCCGCCGCCUCCGCCGCCAACCUGUUCGUGGAAGCUCGUGUGAUUGAAUUCACCAAGAAGAUUAAGGACAUAAAGAUCACAGAGAAGAAGAAGGCCGUGUUUGAAUGUGAGAUUUCGGAGCCCAACGUCCAGGUGAUGUGGAUGAAGGACGGCCAGGAGCUGGACGUGUCCCAGGACAGGUUCAUGGUGACAGCGGAGAAGUUCGUCCACCGUCUGAUGAUCCAGACGGUUCGCAUGUCUGAUGCCGGAGAGUACUCAGUGGUGGCCGGCGCCAGCGUGUCCAAGGCCCAGCUGACCGUGGAGGGGCGGGACAUCCGCAUCUCAGAACCGGCCCAGCGGGAAAUCACAGUCCUGGAGAAGCAGAGAGCCACCUUUGAGUUCGAGGUGAAUGAGGACGACGUGGAGGCUCGCUGGCUGAGGAACGGCGUGGAGAUCCAGCUCUCGGCGGAGGAGAGGUUCUCCUACGUCUGCAUCCGCAAGCUGCACCGCCUCACCGUGUCGGAGACGUACCGCAGCGACGCCGGCGAGUACACCUUCGUCGCCGGCAAGAACCGGAGCACCGUGCACCUCCGAGUCAACAUCCCGGAGGCGCCUCAGAUCCUUCGCCACAUGGCGCCCCAGUCUGUGGAGGCGGGGAAGCCCGCCCGUUUCUCGGUGCAGGUGAGCGGCGUGCCGCAGCCCCAGGUGUCCUGGUACAAGAACUCCCAGGCUCUGUCGGCCGGCUUCAAGUGCAAGUUCCUCCACGACGGCGCCGAGCACUCGCUGCUGCUGAUCGAGGUCUUCCCCGAGGACGCCGCCGUCUACAACUGCCAGGCCAAGAACGACUACGGCGAGGCCACCAGCACGGCCGCGCUCAGCGUGGAAGUGUCCGAGGUGGUCUCUCCCGACUCGUCUGCGACCGUGGCCCCCCCGGUGGUCAUCUCGCCCAUCGCCAGCGCCUCGGUCCGCGAGGGAGAACCGGCACGCUUCCAGUGCCGCGUCCGCGGAGACGAUGUGAAGAUCAGCUGGUUCCACAAGCAGAAGGAGAUCAAGCAGUCGGACUUCUUCCGGAUGUCUCAGUUUGACGACAGCUGCCAGCUGGAGAUCUCCAGGGUUUACCCGGAGGACGAGGGAGAGUACAGCUGCGUGGCCACCAACAACGCCGGCAGGGUGUCCUGCUCCGCCACGCUCACUCUGGACGGGCGAAAACAAGCCGCGGACAGUCCCGCUGAGUCUCAGUGGCGUGUCUCCACCAGCCUCGCCUCUUUAAAGAAACCGUCCUCUGGCCAAAAGCCCCUUUUCAUCCAGCCAAUCACGAGCUGCACGGUGCCCCACGGGGAGGUGGCGCGCUUCCACGCAUGCGUGUCCAGCGUGCCGAAACCGGAGAUCAGCUGGUUCCACAACCGGCAGCCGGUUCAGCCCACCAAGAACGUGGUCUUUCACUUCGACGAGGUGACCAACGCCGCCGUGCUCAUCAUCGUGGACGCUUUCCCCGAGCACGCCGGGCAGUACACCUGCCGCGCCGUCAACAGCGCCGGAGAGGCCGCGUGCUCGGCCACUCUCACAGUCACCCAUGAAGAAGAAGAAGAAGAAGGUAACGUCCGGGAUCUGUCGGCUGCAGCCAGGUCUCCCCCGUUUCUCUUCCUUUUGUUUGAAGCCUGGGAUUAUCACCUCCACCUUCCUCAUCAUCACUCCCCACAGGCACCAACUCCUCCCUCCACCCUCCUCCGUCCUCACCCUCCUCUCCUCUCCCGUUCAGCUCCGGAAAACUCUGGGAAACGCAUGAAACUCACAUUGACUCACGUGAGAGAGCAGAUCGAAGCCAAGAUCGAGCAAGAAGUCAAAGAGCGUUGUAGCACCACCAUCACCACUGUGGAGGAACAAGAGGAAACCUACUACACUGGUGUCCAGUUACCACAGAAAACAAAAACACUUGAACUCAAACCAGAGCCCAAACGUUACUCUUCCUCUUUAGAGAAGAAAAAAGAAAAGCCAGUUUUCCUCAGCCAGCUCGCCCCAGCAGCUGUAACCAGCGGGGAAACAGCCAGGUUUACCGUCAAAGUGUCCGGCCUUCCAAAGCCGACAGUUCAGUGGUCUCACAACGGAAAAGUGAUUAAGAGCUCCUCCAUAUACAAGCUGAUAGAGACGAAGGAGGAGUACACGUUAGUUAUCACUCAGGUCACAUCUGAGUAUGAGGGUGAGUACUCUUGCACCGCCACCAACAGAUUUGGCCAGACAACGUGCACCACAUACCUCGAAGUGAAAAAGAAGGAUGUUAGCCAGGCGGAGAAAUGGGUUGAGAAGAUGUUUAAGGUCAUAGGUCAACCCCCAACUUUUACAGUUCAGAUCCAACCGGUGAGGUGCUCAGAAGGAGGAGAGGUUUCUUUUAAUUACAAAGCCAGUGGUGAUCCAAUCCCUGAUGUAAAGUGGUUCAAGGGGGCUUUCCAGAUCCAGCCCAGUAGAAACUGUAUCGUUAUAGCCAAUCCAGAUGGAUCUGGCGUCAUUAAAAUAAAGAGUGUCAAACAGGAAGACAGUGGGCUCUAUACUUGUAAGGCCUCCAACCAGUUUGGAGAGGCGUCUUGUAGCGCUGAGCUUGUUGUGUUUAGAGAAUCAGCCUCUGUUUCUCGCAAACAGGAGCAUGUGACCAUGGUUCAGAAGAAAGGCUAUAAGGUUACAACGACAGAACAAGCAACAGAGUCUCGCUUGUACCAGGUCAGCCUCCCAGGUCAGGACAGAUCAGAUCAGAUGGUUUACACCAUUGGCACUGAAGACCGGCAGAUAAUUCCCAGUGAGCAAGUGGGCUCCCUUAGAGAACUAGACAUCUCUGCUGCUACUAUCCAUCGCGAGCAGCUGACCCACCAGGCAGCAGUGCUUCAGUCUCACGAGAUGGAGGAGAGGGUGUCUGUGGUUCCUACCCACCCGCCUCAGGUUUCAGCUGUUCCUGUGAAACAGCUUCACGUGACCGCGUUCACGUCGUCUGUUGAAGAGAGUCAGGACCUCACUGAGCAGCACUGUGAUCGCAUUCAAAGCCCUGAGGUCAUUGAGCUUCAGGCAGCUAGAGAAAAGAGGUUAAUGGUGAUGUCAGCUGUUGCCGAGGAGCUCACCACGCUUUCUACGGUUAGCACAGAGCCUCUGUCCGACAGGAAGUCUGCUAAAGUCACGCCCACUUCAGAACCUAAACAUCUAGUCAGUGGGCAUCAAGUCGAGUCACAGUUGCCCUUCCUAAAAGAGCAGUCUCAGGAUAUCCCCAAACCUCAGGAAGAGAAGGGUUAUAAAGUUAAGGAAGGUGUCAAGAUUUUAUACUCAGUCCAGUCUGCAGAGAAACGGGUGCUUGCAGAGGGCCACACAACUGAACUAGCAACAGCAGAUUCUGCUGUAAAGUCUUCAGUUGGGAAAGAAAAGCACCGACCUGUCUUGGCUUCAGUCAGCGAGUCCAAACAGACUCUUUCCAAGGAGACUAAGUUCUCCUUGCAGAGGCCCGUUGAGGAGACCGCCCAUCUCUGUAAGGAUAAAAUGAUGAAGGUGGCUCUGACUGCGGAAGAGAAGCAAAUGUUGCAGGCUGAGCCCACUCAGCAGCUGCCAAGUCUGGACAGUGCCAUGUCCAUUCAGUCCCAGGUAGAAGGGGAGCAGUUGUUGCACCUGCAGGUUAUCACAGAUCAGGACCUCCUUCCAUCUGAGAAGGGUUUCACCUGUGAGAAACCAGAACCAGAGCAGGCAGGAGUCAGGAAGAGUCCCACUCUGCUUUACAGCGUUAGCCAGGAUGAACAGAGGACAGUAGUUUGUGAGGACACAUCAGAGUUUGAGGCCAAGGCUAGCACCAUGACUAUCCAGCCCCAGAAAGAAGCCCCUACUCUUCUGCAUCUUCAGUCAACCCAACCUGUGGAAGCGCUACCCAAAGAGGGUAUUCUCCUAAUUGAGAAGCCUGACCAGCAGGUUGCAGCGCAGAAACAAGAAAAGACGAGAAGUCAUGCAGCUACCUUGGAAGAGAGACGGGAGCUCACAGCAGAUUAUCACACAGAGCUGGAUUUGUCUGUCACUGGCAGUCAGUCUCAGCUUCGAACUGAGCCUAGGCCUCAAAACAUCCUCCAGCUCUCUUUCCAGCCCAUGCAGCUGCCAAAGGAGACACCAGUUACCAUUGAUAUGAAGCAGCAGCGAGCUUUGGUGCAGAAGGAGGAUCGCUUAAAUUUGAUGCAUGUCACCAGUGUGGCAGACAGUCGGGCUUUAGAGGAGGGUCACACUGAGAGUCUUACAGCUGUGGAUAAAUUCACCUGCCAGAUGGCUGUAGAGCCAAAACUUCCCACCGAGCCAAUCCAGAUUGAGGAGAAGGAGAUUUCCACGGAGAGUAGUAUCCUUCUACAGGCAGCAGAACAGGACUUUGCUGUUCAGAUCCAAGAGGGCCAGUCAGUCAGACAGUCAAUAGUGAUGGACGAAAAGCGAGUGCUGACGGGUGAGCUCUCUCAGGUGAUUACCAAGUCUGAGUCCACUAAAGUCGUCGUCACCACUCAGCCAAAACUGUCCCUUUUGGCAUCAGAAUCCAAAGACACCACACCUCUUCCCAAAGAGAUGACGUUUGUGAUUCAGAUCCCUAAACCAUUCAGUCUAAAUAUACGUAAUCAGCUCAGAGAUGCCCUUCAGUCUGCUGUGGCCAGUGACCAGCCAGUGUUGCUGGCUGACGUCGUAGGAAGGUUACAAGCUGUAGAAGUACAGGAAGUCAAGGUUCAAAGAGAGCCUAAGAGGGCCAUGUUUACAUACCUGAUCACAACAACAGGUGCUCCCAUGGAAAUCACUCUGGCUUUUGAGGGUAAAUACCCUCAGACAGCUGACCUCAGGACUGAACUCCAGGCAGCUUUCCACUCUAUAGUGUAUCAGGAAGCCCACGUUCUUACCUCAGAACAGCCAGGCACUAUGCAGUUAGACAAACCUCAAAGGGCGCAGGUCACCUCGACCCACUCUAAGCAAAUGCUGUCAUCCAUGGUAGAGACUGUAAGCGUGGCAGAGAGUGCAGUGGAUUUCACUGCUGUAAAAUCUCAGGCUGCUGCACUCAAGACAGAGUCUAAAAUGGCAGUUGAAUGUGCUGCAGCUGAACAACAGGUUGUGGUGCAGGAAUCUAAAGCAGCAAAAAUGGAACAGUCCAUCUCAGCCCAGGUACAAAUUUCUACCGAGUCUCACAUGGCUUUUGAGCAGUCGGUGCAGGUUUCAAAGCAGGAGGUUAGGUCAGUUAUGGUGAAAGGCAGAGAGAGGGAUGUAGGAGCAGCUAUGGUUACCACUACCUUGCCUCCCACAACUGUCCCCACCGAACAGGUGGAUAUCAGCUUCCAGAAGGAACACAGGGAGGAGUUCUUUAAAGAGGAGAUCACAGUUUCCAGGCCAGAGCAGAGAGAAUACCCUGUAAUAGUCACCUCCCUUGAAGACGUAUCAAUUGAUGAGGAUAGUAAAAUAACCUUUAGCACCACCAUUAAGUAUGUGACAAAGGUAAACUGGUUUUUCAACGGGCAAUUGGUGAAGUCUGGCAAAGAGUUCAAGUGUUCCAAAGACCACGACACAUACACAUUGGUUAUCAACAAAGUUGUCAAGGAGAGGCAUCAAGGAGAAUAUGUUUGUGAGGCUGAGAAUGAAGCUGGCAGGACUACAACAUCUUCAAGACUCACUGUGGUCUCAAGAGUGCCACCUGUCUUUAGGCAGAAAAUCACACCUCUGGAGAUAAACAUCGGUGGCCAAGCCAAGUUCGAAUGUGAAAUUGAGGAAGCCCCGAGUGUCACCUUCAAAUGGUACAAGUCUGGCAUUGAGAUCAAACAGAGCGAGAAGUAUAGGAUCCUCAGCCGGCUCACCAGUUCCUCCCUGGAGCUCAUGAACCCAAUCAAAGCCGACAGCAGUGAAUACACCUGCAAGGCUUCAAACAAGCAUGGCACUGACAGCUGCACUGCCUCGCUCAUCGUCACCGAACUGUACCCACCGGUAUUUGUAUCACAACCAGACCCAAUGACUUUAUAUGUGGGCAAACAAGCUGUGCUCCAGUGCUUACUCACUGGAUCCUCACCCAUGGAAGUUGUCUGGCACAAGGACAACAUAGCCAUCUCCUCCGAAGGGAACUAUGUAAUGAAAUGUGAAAAGAACAAGUAUUCCCUUCACAUUAAAAGUCUUGAGCUGACAGACCAGGGAGUGUACCUGUGCAAGGCCUCCAACAGGGUAGGCACUGCUACUUUUACGACAGAGCUCAAGGUAAUCAAGAAGCCCAGCUUUGUUAAGACCAUUGAGCCAGCGUCAGCUGCUGUCAAUGACCCUCUGAGGCUGGAGUGCCAGGUGGACGAGGACACUGGUGUGACCGUCACCUGGACCAGGGAUGGCAAAAAAGUCCACCUAAGCUUGGAGUGUAAAAUGUCCUUUGAGGACAAGGUGGCUGUUGUUGAGAUACCCAAGUCCAAACUGAAGGACUCUGGGAAAUAUGUUUGCACAGCCACAAAUGAGGCUGGGAGUUCAUCCUGUGAGGCUGUGGUAACAGUUCAAGAGCCCCCUAUCUUUGUUAAGAAAAUGGAACCUAAGAUUACAUGGAAACAAGGUAUAGCUGCACGCUUACAGUGCUCCGUUAAAGGAUCGCCUGAACUUCACAUGCACUGGUUCUGGAAUGAGAGAGAGCUUGGUGAUGGAGACAAAUAUAAAAUCUCUUUCAAGAAUGGAAUUGCCUCUUUGGAGAUAAUGAACCUUGUGGUUACAGACAGUGGGAGUUACACCUGCGAGGUGUCAAAUAAUGCCGGCAGCGAGAGCUGCAACACCCUUAUAGCUGUUAAAGAGCCACCAUCCAUUAGAAAGGAGCUGCAGAUAGUAGAGGCGGUAAAGGGAACAGCAACUCAGCUGGAGUGUGAGAUCACAGGAACCGCUCCUUUUGAAAUCAGCUGGUUAAAAAAUAAGAAAGCCAUCUCCAGUGAUCAGAAAUAUAAAAUAAUCACACAGGAUUCCUUGUCAAGGCUGGAGAUCCAGACCUUUGAAAGUGCAGAUGUUGGAGAUUAUCAGUGUGUCAUAUCUAACGAUGUGGGGAAAGUCUCCACUAAGGCCCAAGCUAAACUUAAAGAACCGCCAACCUUCUCAAAGAGGGUUGAGAGUGCUACAGCAGUGAAAGGAAAUACAGUAAAACUCCAGGGAACCGUUAAGGGUUCGGCUCCCAUCUCUGUUAAAUGGAUGAAAGACUCUGAAACACUGAGAGAUGACGAUCCAAACAUCAAGAUGGUGUUUGAGAACAAUGUUGCUAGCUUGUCGAUAACAACAGUGGCCAUCAGCCAUGGUGGCAAGUAUUCGUGCCAAGCUGAGAAUGAGGCUGGUCAACAAAAAUGUGAAGCUACCUUGACUGUGCAAGAACCUGCCAGAAUUGUAGAACCUGCAGAGUCGAUUAGUGUGACUGCAGGCGAUUCAGCUACACUGGAGUGCACAAUUUCCGGAAGCCCAGACCUUAAAGUGAAAUGGUUUAAAGACGGAAAGGAGAUGAUCAGUGGGCGUAAAUAUAAGAUGACUCUGAAGGACCAUAUUGCCAGCAUGAAGAUUCUCACGGCAGAAAAAGGAGACACUUCAGAGUACAAGAUGGAGGUGUCAAAUAAAGUUGGGAAAGACCAGUGCACAUGCUCAGUCACAAUCUUAGAUCGGAUAAUGCCUCCAACUUUCACCAAGUCUCUGAAAAGAGUUGAUGGAAACAUUGGUAAUGAUGUCUCCAUGGAUUGUAAGAUGUCUGGGUCUCAACCCAUGACCAUAGCUUGGUUCAAAGACGACCAGGAGAUCAUGUCUGGAUCCAAAUUCCAGCCUGAAUUCAAAGACACCUCUGCUACGCUGAGAAUUAUACAGCUGGAGAAAGCUGACUCUGGAGUUUACAAAUGCAGAGCCACCAAUUCAGCCGGCUUUAAGGAAACCAGCGGCACGCUCUAUGUCAAAGAGCCCCCAGUGUUCACAGCGAAAUCAGACAACCAGGAUGUUAUACCAGGAACCACUGUUUGCUUCAAAACAGCCUUCACUGGAACAGCUCCUUUAGCUGUAAAGUGGUUCAGAGACGAAAAAGAGAUUGUAAGUGGAGGCUCAUAUUUCAUAAAGAAAGAUGCCUCUUCAAGCUCUUUGGAGCUUCACUCUGUGAAACCCAAUGACUCGGCAAAAUACACAUGCCAAGUAUCCAACGAUGCUGGGAAGGUGGAUUGCACCGCAGUCCUCUUUGUAAAAGAACCUCCCACGUUCGUGAGGAAGCUUGAGGCGACUAAGCUUGUCACCAGCGGCGACUCCGCCAAGCUGGAGUGCAAAGUGACGGGCAGCCCCGUCAUCACUUUUAAAUGGUUCAAGGAUGAGAUGGAGAUCAGCUCCAGCUAUAAAUACACAAUGUCUUUGAUUGACUUAGUGGCAUCUCUGGAAAUAGUCAACUGUGCGGUAGAGGAUAGUGGAGAUUAUGUCUGUGUGGCGUCCAGCGAGGCUGGUAGUGACCGCUGCAGCAGCACAGUUACAGUCAAAGAGUCGCCAUUGUUUGUGCGUAGCUUGGAGCCCAAAGAUGUGGUGAAAGGUUCUGAGAUGUUGCUGGAGGGCCAAGUUUCUGGCUCCGCCCCUUUCACUGUGUCAUUUUAUAAAAACACAAAGCUGAUUAGGAAUGACAAGAGACACCGGAUCACUGUGAAAGACGAGCUGAUAGCCCUGCAGGUGCUGGCAGUAGAGGCAGGAGACGUCGGUUUGUACCAGUGUACUGUUGAGAAUGAAGUUGGGAGGGCCUCCUGUGAUUGUCAAGUGACACUAAAAGAACCACCAUCAUUUGUGAAAAAGCUGCAGAACCUCAGUUCGUUGGUUGGCAGCGAGGUUUCUCUGCAGUGCACUCUGAAGGGCUCAGAGCCCAUGACCUUGUCAUGGACGAAAGACAACCACGAGCUCAAAGAGGCUGAAAACAUUCAGAUUUCAUAUGAAAACAACACUGCUCUGCUCCACUUCACCAACUUACAGAGCAAACAUGACGGCAAAUACUCUUGCCAGGCGCAGAAUCAGGCUGGGAGCCAGACAUGCUCUGCUGUGUUGACAGUCAAAGAGCCCGCUAAGGUCACAGAGGAAGCCAAGUCUGUCAGUGUGACUCAGGGGGAUCCGGCCACGCUGGAGGUUCGGUUCUUGGGCACAAAACCCCUCAAGGCCAGAUGGCUAAAGGCCGGCAAGGAGCUGACCUCAGGCCAGAGAUAUAAAAUACAUGGCACAGACACCAGCUCUGUGCUCAAGAUUAUCAAAACCGAGAAAAGUGACAGUAGUGACUACACCUUCGAGGUUUCAAAUGAUGCCGGCCAAAGUUCUUGCGAGGCCACACUCACCAUUCUCGAUCAAAUAAUUCCACCCUCUUUUACAAGAAAACUAAAAAAGACGGAAGGUAUCAAAGGAUCGUUUGCUCAUCUGGAGUGUCUUGUAUCCGGCUCACUGCCGAUAACCAUACAAUGGUACAGAGAUGAGAAAGAAAUCCAGACUGAUGAGAAACACAAAUGCACAUUCUUUGAAAAUGUUGCUUUUCUGGAAAUCUCAAAUCUUGACAGUAAAGAUAGCGCAGCUAUACCUGCAUGGCUAAAAACAAAGCAGGAACUGUCCAGUGCUCUGGGAUCUUGUUUGUCAAAGCCUGAAUCCAUGAAUGUUUUGCCUGGCUCAAAAGUCCAGUUUAACGUACUGGUCUCUGGCACGCCACCACUGACCAUCAAGUGGUUUAAAAACAAGAAGGAGGUUUCAUCCAGUGCCGAUUGCUCUGUUAUCAAAGACAACACUUCAAGCUCACUGGAGCUUUUCUUUGCCAAAACUUCAGAUUCUGGAGACUAUGUCUGUGAAAUACAGAACGAUGUGGGCUCCACUUCAUGCCAGGCAACACUCUUUGUCAAAGAGCCCCCUAAGUUCACACGAACCCCGGCUCGUGUGUCCGUGGUCCGUCCCGGUCAGAAUAAAAUGUUUGAGUGCCAGGUGACCGGCACACCUGAGAUAGACAUCUACUGGUUCAGGGAAGGCUCGGAGAUCAGCCCCAGCGAUCGGUACAAGAUGGCCUUUGUUAACUCUGUGGCCACUCUGGAAGUCUGUGGAACUGAUAUUAAAGACAGUGGGCUUUACUACUGCGAGGCUCGCAAUGAGGCUGGCAGUGAGAGCUGCAGCACGGAGCUCAAGGUCAAAGAACCGCCAUCAUUUAUUAGAGAGUUGGCUCCAUCUGAUGUUGUGAAGGGCUCCACUUCUUGUUUUGAGUGUCAGGUUGCUGGGACUGGUCCGUUUGAGAUAACAUGGCACAAAGAAGCAAAGGAGAUCAAACCCAGUGCUAAACAUGGGUUCUCCCAGAUGAGUGACACUGUGGGUCUAGAGGUGCACAAAUGUGACACUGUAGAUGUCGGUGAAUACCAGUGUACGGUUGCCAACGAGGUGGGAAGCUGUACUUGUAAGACUACGCUAAACCUCAAAGAACCACCAACAUUUACCAAGAGAAUUGAGAACGCUGCCACUGUUCUGGGUAAAAUGGCAGAGUUUCAGUGUGUUGUCAAGGGUUCUCCCACUCUCUCUGUACAAUGGCAAAAAGAUGAUAACUGGAUUUUGGAGGAUACAAAGAUUGAGAGAACAUUUGAAAACAAUGUGGCGUCUCUCAGGAUUCCUGCCUGCGAGGUGACACACAACGGGAAAUACACCUGCCAGGUGGUAAACGAGGCUGGGCAGGAUAAGUGCUUUGCCACCCUAACAGUGCAAGAGCCACCUCAGAUCACAGAGAAACCUGAAGUGAUAAAGGUUACAGUCGGAGAUCCAGUCAGUCUGGACUGUAAGGUAACUGGCUCCCCUGAGCUCAAAGUGAAAUGGAUGAAAGAUGGCAGGGAGCUUCAGUCCAUCAGGCAGCACAAGCUGAUCUUUGAGAAUAACAUCAGCAGCCUAAGGGUUCAGUCUGCUCAGAAAGAGGAUGAAGGAGAGUAUGUCUUUGAGGUGGCAAACCACAUCAGUAGCUGCACCUGCAAAGUCAAAGUGAUCGUACUAGAACAAGUAAUUGCCCCAAGCUUCAUCAAACCCCUGGUAGACAUGCAAGAGAUAUUGGGCUCCUUUGUUCAGAUCUGUUGCAAAAUAUCUGGUUCCCUCCCCAUCUCUGUGGAAUGGCAGAAAGACGGGAUCAAAAUCUCUAGUGGUGUAAAACACAAACUCAUUCAGCAGGACAAUAAUGUGUCCAUCGAAAUAGAACAGCUGGAGAGAUCUGACGCAGGCUCCUACUCUUGCAAACUGACCAAUGCAGCGGGAAGUUGCAACUGCAGUGGAUCCCUCACGGUCAAAGAGCCUCCCAGCUUUGUGACGCUGCCUGAGUCCCAGGCGGCUCUACCCAAUGGCACUGUACGCUUCAAAGGCACAUUUAAGGGAACGCCACCCUUCACGGUCAAAUGGUUCAAGGACAAGACCGAGCUCAUGACCGGGCCCACUUGUUUCACAGGGCUGGAGGGACUGUCUUGCUUCUUAGAGCUCUAUUCAGUGGGUGUCACCCAGAGUGGCGUUUACUCUUGCCAAGUCAGUAACGAUGCUGGCUCUGUACGCUGUAGUGCAGACUUGACAGUCAAAGAACCACCUGAGUUUCUGCUGAAACUCCCUGCCACUAAGUUUGUGAAGCAGGGUGAGUCACUCCGCCUGGAGUGCAAAGUGAGUGGCACAGUCCCUCUGAAAAUGACCUGGUACAAACACGACACCAAGGUCACAGAUGGGGGCAACUACAGGACAUCAUUUGUUGAUUCAGUAGCAGUCCUGGAACUGCUCCGCACAAGCUUUGAUGAUGAUGGAGUUUACACCUGUGAAGCUCAGAAUGAUGCUGGCAGUGUCAGCUGCAGCACCACACUUACCGUUAAAGACCCACCAUCUUUUGUCAAAGUACCUCAGCCCGUUGAAGGGCUGAAGGGUAAGGACGUGAGUCUGUACUGCGAGAUGAGCGGUACAGCUCCGUUCCAGAUCACCUGGUUCAAAGACAGGAAACCUCUGAUGGAGAGCAGAAAGUUUAAGAUGGUGAGCGAGGGCAGCUCGGCUACGCUGCAUAUCAUUGGGAUAGAGCCCUCGGAUGCCGGCGAAUACGAGUGUAAAGUGUCAAACAGUGUAGGAAGUGACACCUGCCAGACAUCAGUUAAACUCAGAGAGCCGCCGUCGUUUGUGAAGAAACUGUCAAACAUGACAGUGAUACUGGGAGAGGAGGUGACCCUUGUAGCCACUGUUAAAGGCUCUGAACCCAUUACUGUGUCCUGGGUUCAAGACAAGGAUCACAUUCUCAGGGACGGUGACAACAGGAAAAUCACCUUUGAGAACAACAUGGUCGCUCUUAAAGUCUUUAAGGCUGAUGCAACCACGGCAGGCAAAUACACCUGCCAACUCAGAAACGAUGCUGGGAGUGUGGAAUGUUUCGCUAACUUGACUGUUCUAGAACCCGCUAAGAUAGUGGACAAGCCCGAUGCUCUGAGCGUGACAGCGGGCGAUAUGGCUGCCCUGGAGGUCAAAGUGUGUGGAACCCCGGCGCUCAUACCGAAGUGGUUCAAGGAUGGUGUCGAGCUGGCCUCCGGGAGGAAAUACAAAAUCUCAUUUUCUCAGAUGAUUUCCAGCCUGAACGUUCUCUCUGCGGAGAAAGUGGACUCUGGAGAAUAUACAUUUGAGGUUAUGAACGAGGUCGGGAAGGACCUGAGUAAAAUUAAUCUCACUGUUUUAGAUAAGAUUGUACCUCCAACUUUCUCAAGGAAGUUGAAGGAUUGCAACACAAUCUUUGGAACAGCUGGAGAGAUGGAGUGCAAAGUGUCGGGCUCCCCACCUUUCACCAUCUCCUGGUACCACGAUGGGGAGGAGAUACAGAGCGGACCCAAUUAUGAGAUUUCAUUCAGCAACAACAGCUGCACGCUCAAAGUGUCCACGCUGAAGCUGUCCGACUCCGGAGUGUAUAAAUGUAAAGCUGUCAACAAGGCAGGAUCCAGUGAAACCACAGCCUCCUUGGUUGUCAAAGAACCUCCGUCGUUCGUGGUGCCGCUGCAGCCGGUGGACGCCAUGCCCGGCUCCGACGUGACUUUCUCCGCCAUGGUGAAAGGCAGCGCCCCCCUCAAACUGAAGUGGUUCAGAGGAACCAAGGAGAUCCUGCCGGGACGGGGCUGUAGCUUCUCCCUGAAGGAUAACCAAGUUCUUCUGGAGCUGUUGAGCGUGGACAGAUCUCACGCCGGAGAGUACACCUGUCAGAUCAUUAACGACGCGGGAAAGGAAAGCUGCCCCGUUGUUCUCACCGUCAAAGAGCCGGCCGCCUUCUCCAAGAAGCUGAAGAACGUGUCGGUGGAGAAGGGCAAACCGUUGACGCUGGAGUGCCUGUACACCGGGACUCCUAAAAUCACAGUCAGCUGGUACAAAGACGACCAGCAGAUCUUCGCGUCCUACAAACACAACAUCACCACGACUGAGAGCUCCUGCAUCCUCGAGUGUCUGAGCACCGACGACAAAGACGCCGCCGGGAAAUACUCCUGCCACGUUUCCAACGAUGCAGGAAAGGACACGUGUGACGCAGCCGUGUCCAUCCUCGAGCCACCGUACUUCGUGGAGUCCCUGGAGCCCAUGGAGGUGACGUCCGGCGACGGCGUGUGUCUGAAGUGUCAGGUGGCGGGCACGCCGGAGAUCAAGGUGGCGUGGUUCAAGGCGGACGGGAAGAUCCGCUCCAGCCCCACCUGCAGGCUGGAGUACACCAAGGGCGUGGCCUGUCUGAAGCUCAGCAAAGCCACCAAGGCCGACAUCGGAGAAUACACCUGCAGGGCCGAGAACCAGAUAGGCUCCGCCUCCUCCACCUGCAGACUCAACGUGGCAGAGGCCAAAACGCCGCCGUCCUUCCCGAAGAAGAUCACCAGCCUGCAGCAGACCGAGGGCCAGCCGGUGCGCUUCGAGUGCCGCGUGGCGGGCUCCUCCCCCGUGGACGUGUCAUGGCUGAAAGACGGCAAGCCGCUGCAGUCGGGCGACGACUUCUCCAUGCUGUACGACGACAACACCGCCGUGCUGGAGAUCGCACGCGGAGAAAUGAGGCAUUCUGGGGAAUACACCUGCGUGGCCACCAACAGCGUGGGCUCGGCCUCCUGCAGAGCCAAACUCACCCUGCAAGAACCAAGAUACCCACCGGCCUUUGACAGGAAGUUGUCGCCACAGGAAGUGACGGUGGGCGACAGCAUUGAGCUCGAGUGUCACAUGACCGGCUCUGCCCCCAUUAAAGUCACGUGGUCCAAAGACCACAAAGACAUUCGCACUGGGGGGAAUUAUAAGAUGAGCUGCGUGGACAACACGCCCCACCUGUCCAUUCUGAAGGCCGAUAAAGCCGACACGGGCCGAUACUUCUGCCAUGCCUCUAACGACAUGGGGAAGGAUUCUUGUUCCUCUGACAUCACGGUCAAAGAGCGUAAAAACCCUCCGGUGUUCACCAAAAAGCCCUCCGCGCACAUGGAGGACACGGAGGGCAAACUGGUGAAGCUGGAGAGCCGAGUCAGCGGCUCGCAGCCCAUCGCCGUGAGCUGGUUCAAAGAUGACGAGGAGAUCCGCAGCUCCGACCGAUACGACGUCAGCUUCAAGAGCAAUGUGGCCGUGCUGUGCAUCAAAAGCAGCCUGGUGGCGGACAGCGGCCGGUACUCGUGCCGCGCCGCCAACGAAGCCGGGGAGACUUCCUGUGAAGUCACGGUGGGAAUCUCAGAGUCCAAGAAGCCUCCGGUGUUCGACGUCCCUCUGAAGCCGCUGACGGUUGCCGAGGGCGACAAGCUGAGCCUGCGGUGUCACGUGUGCGGCUCCCCGCCUCUGAAGAUCCAGUGGAUGAAGGACCGGAAGGAUCUGACAGCGGCCGGCAGCACCAGGAUCAGCUUCUCUGACGGGACGGCCUGUCUGGAGAUCAGCGCGGCCUCGCGCCACGAUGCUGGGGAUUACCUCUGCAAGGCCACCAAUGACGCCGGCAGCGAGUUCUGCAAGGCCAAAGUCACCGUCCAAGAGAAACCCGGAGCCGCUCCGGCGCCAGCUGAAGCUCCAGCGGCCGCUCCGACCAAGAAACUGGAAAACCUGUUCUUCAUCGAGGAACCCAGAACUACACACGUCACCGAGAAGGGAACCGCCACCUUCAUCGCCAAAGUGGGCGGCGACCCGAUCCCCAGCGUGAAGUGGAUGAAGGGGAAGUGGCGGCAGAUCACGCACGGCGGCCGCAUCUCCAUCGAGCAGAAGGGUCGCGAGUCCAAGCUGCAGAUCCGAGAGGUGACCAAGUCGGACUCAGGGCAGUACCGCUGCGUCGCCGCCAACAAGCACGGCGAGAUCGAGAGCAGCGCCGACAUGCACGUGGAUGAGAAGAAAGAGGCGGCACUGCUGGAGGGAGACCUCCGCGCCAAGCUCAAGAAGACGCCGUCGAAGCAGAAGAGUCCUCAGGAGGAGAAGGACAUCGAUAUCGUGGAGCUGCUGAGGAACGUGGACCCCAAAGAGUACGAGAAGUACGCCCGGAUGUACGGCAUCACCGACUACCGCGGCCUGCUGCAGGCCAUCGAGCAGCUCAAGAAGGAGAAGGCUGAAGAAAGUGGACGACCGGAAGUGGAACGUGGAGACAGAGAGUCUGACGAGGACAUGGCCCGACUGGUGGCCGACCUGCAGAAGAGGAUGGAGCGCACAGAGCCCGUCACCGUGGUGAAGGACAUCUCGGAUCAGUCCGUCUUCGCCAACAAGGAGGCGGAGUUUGAGUGCGAGGUGAAGAUCAACUACCCCGAGAUCACGCUGUCCUGGUACAAGGGCACGCAGAAACUGGACACCAGCGACAAGUACGACAUCAGCAUCAUCGGAGACCGCCACCUGCUCCGCAUCCGCAGGUGCACGCCGGCGGAUCAGGGGAACUACCGCGUGGUCUGCGGGCCGCACAUCUCCAGCGCCAAGCUCGUCGUCACCGAGGCCGAGGUGGAGAAGCACCUGCAGGACACGUCCGGUAAGGAAGGCCAGGCGUGCUCUCUGUCUUGUCAGUUGUCCGUGCCUAACGUAGAGGCUCAGUGGUUUAAAAACGGAAAGCGCUUAGAGAUGAAGGGCAGGUACGCGUCCCAGGUGAAACACAAAGUCCAGAAGCUCGUGAUCACGGACCUGAGAAGUGAAGACCAGGGCCGGUACAGCUGCCGGUACCAAAACCUGGAGUCCUCGGCCGAUCUCUGGGUCGAAGCUGAACAAAUUCAUUUCACCAAACGCAUCCACAACAUCGAAGUCAACGAGCGCCAGUCGGCCACCUUUGAGUGCGAGGUGUCCUUCGACAACGCGGUCGUUUCGUGGUACAAAGACACCUGGGAGCUGCGAGAGAGCCCCAAGUACAACUUCACGAGCGAGGGCCGAAGACAUUUCAUGGUCAUCCGAAACGUGGCCGUGGAAGACGAAGGCGUGUACUCAGUGAUUGUGAGGUUGGAGCCCCGAGGAGAGGCUAAGAGCACGGCUGAGCUUUAUUUGUCUGGCAAAGAAAUUGAACUAGCAAUGGUGCCCUUCGAUGUGCCAGACUCCUCAGUUCAGAGGCCUGAAGUGCCUUCAUCGGUCGCCAUUCAAGAAUCCGCUGAAUUCUUUCAGUAUGAAGAAGAAUGUAGAGAAUCGGCUGAAUAUUCGUAUCACUAUGAAGAAGAGGUGAAGGUGGAGCAGAGAGAGAAGUUUGAGAGCUGGACAGAAGAGACGGUAACACAACAGGUGUCCACAGCCAAAGCUGCCAGAGUUGCCGUUGAGGAGAAAGUAGAGACCAAGAAAGUUGAACUGAGAGAGGAACUCCCAACAAAAGUUCCCAAAGCUGAGAAAAAACCCGAAGAAAAGCCAACCGCAGCCGUGAAGGAGCCGUUGCCACCAAAAGUACCAGAAGCCAGAAAGCCGGUGGAGGAAAAGAUUCCUGCAGUUUCAGUCCCAGAGAAGAAAGUUCCCACAUCCAAAGAACCAGAGGAGGUAAAGAAGCCCGCUGCUGCUCCCUCGCCGCCUGCAGAGAAGCCUGGAGUGCCAAAGAAAGAUGAGCCCAAGCCUCGGGUGCCAGCUGAGCCCAAAAAAGUGGCGCCUGCAGCUAAGCCUGAGCCUGAAGCCAAACCCAAACCCAAAGCAGAACCUGAAUCAAAGCCUAAGCCAACACCGGCUCCCAAAGCAGAACCUGAAGCCAAACCGGUGGCGAAGGUCGAGCCUGAACCUGAAGUUAAGCCAGCAGCGCUAAAGAAGCCGGAAACACCGCCAUCCAAAGUCCCCGAAAAGGCCGCAAAACCAGAGCCGGCAAAGAUCAAGCCUGAACCUGCAGUAAAGAAGCCCGAACCAGAAGCUCGAAAAGCCAAACCAGAACCAGAAAAACCAAAAGCAGAAGUCGGUAAACCUGAGCCUCUCGUAACGAAGACAGAACCGAAAGUGGUCCCCAAACCAGAACCGGCAGUGAAAGAAGCUGAAGCUGAAGUGAAAGUACCGAAACCCGAACCUCCGAAGACCAAACCAGAGCCGACGCCGGCACCAAAAGAACCUCCGAAGACCAAACCAGAGCCGACGCCGGCACCAAAGGAACCUCCGAAGAAAGUUCCUGUGGAGGAAAAAACACCAGAGCUUCCAAAAGCAGCCAAGAAACCAGAAGCUGCCAUCGUUCCUCCCAAAGAAGAGCCGACUAAGAAAGAGAGAGUUCCCGUGAAGGACAAGGAGUCUCCACCACAAGUCAAAGAAGCACUGGUAAAGCCAGCUGCUCCUCAAGAAGAGAGCAAACCGCAGCCUGCUGUAAAAGUUCAAGAAGUUGCUAAAAGGCCUGAAGUCACUGACAAAACCAAGAAGUUGGAGAAAAAAAUCACUCCACAAGAAGAAACAAAGCCAGUGACCAAGCCAAAGCCUGCCGUUAAGGCUGAAGAACCAACCAAGAAGGUUGUGGAAGAAGAAAAACCAAUCGUGGUAGAAACCAUAGCUCCUGAGACAGAAAUACUUCUGCAUAAAAAAGGUAAAAUUCAGACUGAAGAGGAAGGGACGUUUGAGAUUCCCACUUUAAGGAAGACAACCAGAGUCGUAAAGGAAGUGGAAGAGGAGCAGGAGAUUAUCAAACUGAAGAAGAUUCCUUCGGUUCCACCUAAAGACACUGAAGAAGAGGAGAAACCUCAGAAGGUCACUAAGACUACGAUCUUCAAUGUUGAGGAGUUGGUGCACAGGGAAGAGGCUAUCGAGGUGUCCGUCGCCACCAGGAGAACUGCAGAGGAAAGGAAACCUCGAGAGAAAGCAGAUGUGGUGAAAAAGCCAGAAACUGUGAAGCCUAAGGAAGAGGAAAAGAAAGAAGCUCCUAAAGAAGCAUGGACCCGCCAGAAACCCAUUCCCAAAGAUGAGAAACCAGAAGAUAAGAUUUCUCUGAAGAAAGCUCCUAAAGCACCAAAGGAAGGGGAACCCGCCCCGCCUAGUGCAGCCUUGAAGAAAGUGAAACAACUGCCCUCAGAUGAAGUCGAACCAGAGGCAGUUAAACUAAAACCAUUUGAAAAGCCUGUUAAAUCAGCUGAGGAACCAGAGAAAGACAAGAAGGAUAGGCCAGACCGGGACACUGUGCCUUUCCAGAAGCUAGACAGGAUCCCCAAAGAGGUGGAAACCAAAGAACCUCCCAAGAUACCUGAGAAACCUCAUCCCGAGGUAAAGGAGCCAGCAGCAAAGAUGCCAAAGACUGUAGAUAAAAAGAAAACUCCAGAGAAAGAGCCUGAGGAGGUCAAAGCGCCCACCAAGGUGAAGAAAGUCCCAACACAGGAACAAGAGAUAGAGAGUGUCAAGCUUAAGCCCUUCUCCAGACCUUCCAAAGAGGCUGCAGAGCCGGAGAAGAAACCAGCAGAGGAGAAAGAGAAGAAGCCAAUCGAUGACCUGCAACGCCGUCGCACAAGUCCAGAUGAAAAACCAAAAGAACGAGAGCCAGAGGCUAGACCGAAGAAACCAGAGGUCCCAGAAGCUCCAGAGAAGAAGCCGGAGAAGCCAAAAGCGGUAGAGGCAAUUCCUGCAGAGAAGACAGUGUCUCCUUCUGUUAAGAAACCUGAAAAGGUUCCUGAGGAGCCCAAACCUUUGCAGCUGAAGAAGGGAGUCACACCUAAAGCGAAAGAGGAGAAAGAAGUGGCUCUGAAGCCUUUGGAGCAACUCAAGAAGGUUGAGCUGAAAAAGACUCCAUCUCCUAAAGUUGCAGAGACAGUCCCUGUUGAAAAGACGCCAAGUGUUGACAAACUCAAAAGGAUUACUAAACCAGUCUCACCAAAAGACUCUAUUGAAGCUGUGACUCUCAAAAAGGCUCCAAAGAAGCUGUCACCUGAGGAGGAAGCUGCAGAACCGGUAACGCCUGGUAAAGGGAAACUUCCCCUGGUGAAGGAGGUCUCUCCUGGAGCUGUGCAUAUGAAGAAGGUUGCCACCCAGCCAGAGGAGGAGAUAUUCGAAGAGGAGGAAGACGUUGAGCAGGAGGAAGAAGAGGCCUGGGGCUGGGAGCUGGUUCCCCGGGAGAGUUACGGCUCCGAAGACUGGGAGGGCGAAGGAGAGGAAGGUGCCCUGGAGGUUCCAGGGGGGCCCAGGAGAGAGGGACAACCAUCAGAAGAAGCAGGAAGAGGUAGAGGUAGAGGGCUGAAACCCAAGCAGACCCCGUCCCCUGGAGAAGGCCGGGGCCGCGGCCUGAAGCCUGGUGGAAGAGGCCCCACACCACCAGAGGAACCUUUCGGAGGAUUCAAACUCAAAGCUGUGCCUCUGAAGUUCAUUAAGAAGAUUCAGGACAUUGUGUUGCAGGAAGCCGAGUCUAUCGGCUCGUCUGCAAUGUUUGAGUGUGAGGUCUCGCCUUCCACCGCCAUCACAACAUGGAUGAAAGGCGACAGUAACCUACGCGAGAGCCCCAAGCACAAGUUCACUUCUGACGGCAAAGAUCGCAAGUUGAACAUUAUUGAUGUCCAGUUGUCCGACACUGGUGAAUACACCUGUAUCGCCAAGAAUGCCGGCAAGGAAAUAUCAUGCACAGCCAAGCUCAUUGUUGAAGAGCUCCCUGUGAAAUGGAUCAAAGAGCUAGAGCCAGAGACUUCAGCUAUGAAGGGUCAGCCUCUGUAUAUGACCUGUGAGUUGAACAAAGAAAGAGAUGUGAUAUGGAAGAGGAAUGGUGAAGUCCUGAAGAAAAAGGCCGGCAAGGUUCAGAUCAAUAUCAUUGGUAUGCAGCACGCUGUGACCAUCCAGAACUCCACUGAGGAGGACACUGGCGUCUAUACGUGCGAAGUGGCCAAUCAGGAGGAUGUAAAGACUACGACAAGUGUCAAAAUCAUUGAAAUAAUCAAAGACUGGAUUGUGAAACCACUGAGAGACCAGCAUGUGAAACCGAAGGCAGCCGCUACAUUUAAAUGCGAGCUCUUCAAGGAUACUCCCAACUGGAAGUGGCUCAAAGGAGAGACUGAGGUCACUCCUUCUGACAAGGUUGAGAUCAAGAAGGACGGAAAGGAGCUGACGCUCACCAUCAAGAACUGUCAGCCUGAUGACGUAGCAGAAUAUGCCAUGGAGGUGGAAGGACGUGUCUACACCGCUAAGCUAACACUAGGAGAACGGGAGGCCGAGAUCCUGAAGCCCCUGGCCAGCGUUGAAGUGGUUGAGAAGGAAGAAGCCAAGUUUGAGACAGAGAUCUCUGAGGAUGACGUUCCUGGAGAAUGGAAGCUCAAAGGAGAGGUUUUGACCAGAUCCCCGAUGUGCGACAUCCAAAUGGAGCGUGGGGUGCGUAGACUCACUCUGAAAAACUGCCAGUUGGAUCAGGCCGGAGAAGUGUCCUACCAGGCUCUGAACGCCAUAACCAGCGCAAUGCUCAAUGUCAAAGAAAUCGAAAUGGACUUUGUUGUCCCGCUGAAGGACGUUUCUGUGCCUGAAAAGAAACAGGCUAAGUUUGAAUGCACCAUCACGAAGGAUGUCUCUAAGGUCAUGUGGCAUAGAGGCGACGAUGUCAUCACCCCAGACCAAAAGUAUGACAUCAUCGAUGAUGGAAAGAAGCAUAUGCUUAUUAUAAACUGUUGUGAGUUUGAUGACGAAGACGAAUAUACAAUUGCGGUUCUGGGAAAAACUUCAACAGCUAGACUCACAGUGGAGGGUAUCAGGCUCAAAUUUAUCUCGCCGAUAAAGGACCAAACUGUGAAGGAAGGCACAACGGCUCGUUUCGAGCUGGAGCUCUCUCAUGAGAACAUCCCCGUCACUUGGUACAAGAACGACGUUAAAAUUCAUCCGAGCAGAACCGUGGUCACUCAUGUGGACGGAAAGAAGCAUGUGCUAGAAAUAAAGGAAGUGACUCUCGACGAUACUUGUCAAAUUAAGGCUGAGGCCAAAGGAAUUCCUUCCAUGGCCAACCUGACGGUCAUAGAGGGAGAUGCAUACUUCACAGUUAAGCUGCAGGACUAUACUGCAGUGGAGAAAGACAGGGUGGUUCUUGAUUGCGAGCUCAGCAAAGACGUCGAUGUUAUGUGGUACCACGAUGAGGCCGAGAUCAAGACCUCAAAGAUGGUGGCCAUCAAGGCCGAGGGCAAACGCAGAACCCUCGUCAUCAAGAAAGUUGGGGACGAAAACAAAGGACAAUAUGUAUGUGAUUGUGGAACAGACAAGACAACAGCGACACUUCACAUUGAAGCGCGCCACAUCAAGGUGGUUCGCCCGACGUACGGCGUCGAGGUGUUUGACGGAGAGACCGCUCGAUUUGAAGUCGAGCUGAGCGAGGACGAUGUCCACGGCCAGUGGAGACUGAACGGAGAAGUCCUCAGUCCAUCCGCCGAUGUUGAGAUCGUGGAGGACGGCGCCAAACACACUCUGGUCUUGUACAACUGCAAAGUGCCUCUAACAGGCGAGGUGGCGUUUACCGCCGCCAACGCCAAGUGCUCUGCUAACCUGAAAGUGAAGGAGCACCCCGUCUCGUUCAUUACACCGCUGGCUGACGUGCAUGUGUACGAAAAGGACGAAGCAAAGUUUGAGGUGGACAUUUCUAGAGAGUCCAAAAGCUUCCGUUGGUUGAAGGGAUCUCAGGAGUUGUCAAACGACGAUAAGUUUGAACUCCUGGCAGAGGGAAAGAGACACACUCUUGUUGUAAAAUCUGCCAGAUAUGAAGACGAAGCCAAAUACAUGUUUGAGGCUGAAGAUAAACGGACAUCUGGGAAGUUGAUUAUCAAAGGUAUUCGCCUUGAAUUUAUCAAGCCGAUUAAAGACGUGACAGUGAAGGAACGUGAAACCGCAGAGUUCAGCGUCGAACUCUCUCACGAAAAGAUCCCAGUGGUGUGGUACAGAAAUGGCAUGCGCCUGCACCCCAGCAAGGUGGUGCACAUGUCGGAGGACGGGAAAGUGCACACGCUGGCCUUCAAGGAGGUCACCAUCGAUGACACUUCCAUGAUCAAAGUAGAGGCCAUGGGCAAGACCGCCGAGGCCAUGCUCACCGUGCUCGAGGGUGACCUGUACUUCACGGCGAAGCUGCAGAACUACACCGCCGUCGAGAAAGACGAGGUGAUUUUGUCCUGCGAGCUGAGCAAGGCGGCCGCUGACGUCCGCUGGUUCAAAGACGGUAACGAAAUCUUUGCCUCCAAGAACGUUGUCUUCCAGUCGGACGGCCGGAAGCGCACGCUGCUGAUCAAGAAGGCGGCAAGGAGCAGCAUGGGAGCGUACACCUGCGACUGUGGCACCGACAAAACCACAGCCGACCUGAACAUCGAAGAGCGCGACAUCAAGGUGGUGCGCCCGCUGUACAGCGUGGAGGUCACCGAGACGGAGACCGCCAAGUUUGAGACGGAGAUUUCAGAGGAGGACCUCCACGCCACCUGGAAACUGAAGGGAGAGAUGAUCCACCCGUCUCCUGAUGUGGAGAUUAAGGACGAGGGAAGCCGCCACAUUUUGAUUCUCUUCAACUGCAAAAUGGACAUGGCCGGAAGUGUCGACUUCUCGGCAGCGAACGCCAAAUCCUCGGCUCAGCUCAGGGUCAAAGCCCGGGUGAUCGGCCUGGCGAGGCCUUUGCAGGACGCCACGGUGACCGCCGGGGAGACCGCCACCUUCGAGUGCGAGCUGUCGUAUGAAGGCAUCGCUGUCGAGUGGUUCCUGGGGGGUACCAAGCUGGAACCAAGCGACAGAGUGGUGUUGAAGUCGGAGGCUAAAGCCCACAGCCUGACUCUGAGGGACGUCAAGCUGAACGAAGCCGGACAAAUUAAACUGGUCGCCAAAGACUUCCAGACCGAGGCCAACCUCAUCGUCAAAGAGCCGCCGGUGGAGUUCACGAAGCCUCUGGAGGACCAGACCGUGGAGGAGGAAGCGACCGCCACACUCGAGUGCGAAGUGUCCCGGGAGAACGCCGAGGUGCGGUGGUUCAGGGACGGGCAGGACAUCAGGAAGACCAAGAAGUACGAGAUGAUCGUCGACGGCCGCAAGAGAGCGCUGGUCAUCCACGACUGCACGCUGGACGACUCCAAGACGUACGCUUGUGACGCCAAAGACUUCAAGACCUCCUGCUUCCUCAACGUCGAACCUCCACAUGUCGAGUUCUCGAAGCCGCUCCAUGAUGUUGAGGUCAAAGAGAAGGAAUCCGCCAGGUUUGAAUGCCAAGUUUCCAGAGAGGACGUCAAAGUCCGCUGGUUUAAAGAUGGAAGUGAAAUCAGAAAGGGGAAGAAGUACGAAAUUAUCGCUCAGGGUCGCCAACACAUCCUCAUCGUCCACAAGUCCGUGUUUGACGACGAGGCAGAAUACGAAUGUGACGCCAAGACCUCCAAAUCCUCCGGCAUGCUCACUGUCGUCGAGGAGGAGGCCAGGUUCAGCAAGAACCUGUCCAACGUGGAGGGAACGGAGACGGACAGCGUGAAGCUGAUCUGCGAGGUCUCCAAACCCAGCGCCGACGUGACCUGGUACCGCGGCGACGAGGAGCUGCCCGAGGGCGGCCGCUACGAACAGAUCGUGGACGGGAAGAGGAGGAUCCUCCUCAUCCAGGACCUGAAGUUGGCCGACGCCGGAGAGUACAACUGCAGGCUGAGUCCCAGCGUCAAAACCUCCGGGAACCUCAAGAUUAACGAGCUGGCUGCCGAGUUCAUCUCGCGGCCCCAGAGCCAGGAGGCCGUGGAGGGCCAGAAGGCCGAGUUCACCUGCUCCGUCUCCAAGGAAACCUACGAAGUGAAAUGGAUGAGAGGCGACGUGGAGCUGCAGGCAGGAGACAAGUACCAGAUGGUCAGCGACGGGAAGAGGCGAACGCUGGUCAUCAAGACCUGCGAGCUCCGAGACGAGGGAACGUACACGGUGAUGAUCGGAGCCACCAGAGCCAGCGCUGACCUCACCGUGCUCGAGAAACUGAAGGUGAUCACGCCGCUGAAGGACACGGAGGCCAAAGAAGGACAGGAAGUGGUCCUGAACUGCGAGGUGAACACGGAGGGAGCCAAGGCCAAGUGGCUGAAGAACGAGGAGACCGUAUUCGAGAGCAGCAAGUACGUGAUGGUCCAGAGAGACAACGUGUUCUCUCUGAGGAUCAAAGACGCCCAGAAGGGAGACGAGUCCAACUACAGCAUCAACCUGACCAAUCAGAGAGGAGAGCAGGCCAAGAGCUCCUGCAAUCUCACCGUCAAAGAGGAGAGUUUGAGGAUCGUGGUUCCUCUGGAAGACAUCGACACGCAGGAGAAGAAGACGGUCAGCUUCUCCUGUAAGGUCAACCGGCCCAACGCCACGCUGAAGUGGACCAAGGCCGGCCAGGAGAUCGUCUUCAGCAAGCGCCUCGUCUACCGAGUGGACAAAGACAAGCACACGCUGACCAUCAAGGACUGCACGCUGGCGGACGAGGGCGAGUACACCGCCGUUGCCGGGGACAACAAGUCGGCGGCGGAGCUGAUCAUCAGCGAGGCGCCCACCGACUUCAGCGCGCACCUCAAGGACCAGACCAUCACCGAGUUCGAGGACGCCGUGUUCACGUGCAAGCUCACCAAAGAGAAAGCAGACGCCAAGUGGUACAGAAACGGACGCGAGAUCAGAGAAGGACCGAGAUAUAAAUUUGAGAAACAGGGGAAGAUGUGCACCUUGCGUAUCAAGGAGUGCAGACCGGACGAUGAGUGUGAAUACGCCUGCGGUGUGGAGGACAAGAGAUCCAGAGCCAGGCUCUUCGUGGAAGAGACACCGGUGGAGAUCGUCAGACCGCCACAGGACGUGUUCGAACCUCCGGGCUCGGACGUGGUGUUCGAGGUGGAGCUCAACAAGGACAGAGUGGAAGUGAAGUGGCUGAGGAACAACAUGACGGUCGUGCAGGGAGACAAAUACCAGAUGAUGAGCGAGGGUAAAAUCCACAGACUGCAGGUCUGUGAGAUCAGACCCAGGGACCAGGGAGAGUACAGACUCAUGGUCAAAGACAAAGACGCCAAGGCCAAGCUGGAGCUGGCAGCUGUGCCUCAGAUAAAGACCACAGACCAGACCUACGUCACGGACGCCAGGAAGCCCAUCGUCAUGGCCGUCCCGUACAGCGCCUACCCGCAGGCCGAGGCCGACUGGCUGUACAACAGUCUGAGUCUGCCCAAAGACAACAUCCACACGUCGGCCGACCGCACCGAGUACCGGCUGAAGGACCCGCUGAAGGCCGACGAGGGCCGCUACAAGAUCGUCAUCAAGAACAAACACGGACAGGGAGAAGCCUUCAUCAACCUGGAGGUCAUCGAUGUCCCGGGACCCGUGAAGAACCUGCAGGUGAUCGACACGGCCGACGGCGAGGUCAGCCUGGCGUGGGAGGAGCCCGAGAGCGACGGCGGCGCCAAGGUCGUGGCCUACGUGGUGGAGAGACGCGACGUGAAGCGCAAGACCUGGACGCUGGCGACCGACCACGCCGAGAGCCCCGAGUACACGGUCACCGGCCUCCACAAGGACUCCAUGUACCUGUUCAGAGUCUGCGCCCGCAACCGGGUCGGCAGCGGACCCAACGUGGAGACCGACAAAGCCGUACAGGCCAAGAACAAGUUUGACGUUCCCGACGCUCCUCUGAACAUCGCGGUGGGAAACGUCACCAAGUUCGGCUGCACCGUGUCCUGGGAGCCCCCCGAGUCUGACGGCGGCUCCCCCAUCACCUCUUACAUCAUCGAGCUGCGGGACAGGACCUCGGUGAAGUGGACGCCCGUCCAGAUCACCAAGGCCGACGAGCUCAGCGCCAUCGUCAACGACGUCAUCGAGAACAAGGAAUACAUCUUCAGAGUCAAGGCUCAGAACAAAGCCGGCGAGGGCAAGCCCAGCGCGGCCUCAAGGCCUGUCAAGAUCAUGGAUCCUAUCGAGCGUCCCAGCCCCCCUGUGAACCUGGUCUGGCAGGACCAGAACAAGAACUCAGUGCAGCUCAGCUGGGAGACUCCUCUGAGGAACGGCGGCAGCAUGAUCACCGGUUACAUCAUCGAGCGCUGCGAAGACGGCACCGACAAGUGGCUCCGCUGCAACGCCCGCCUCUGCCCCGACCUCUGCUACAAGGUGUCUGGGCUGAAAUACGGGACCAAGUACAACUACAAAGUGUUUGCUGAGAACGCGGCCGGAGUCUCGGACCCGUCCAACAUCAUCGGCCCUCUGCUGGCCGACGACACACAUGUCGCUCCAUCCUUUGACCUGAGUGCGUUUAAAGACGGUCUGGAGAUAAUCGUGCCGCAGCCUCUGACCAUCAGAGUGCCGAUCACCGGCUACCCGGCGCCCGGUGCGCUGGGCCGGAGGACGGAGGCUGAGCACCCGCCCGACGGGCCGGCACCAAGCGCUCCGAAGGACUUCAAGGUCCUGGAGGUGACCCGGCAGCACGUCCAUCUCGCCUGGGAGGCCCCCGAGCACGAUGGAGGAAGUCCUCUGACUGGAUACCAGGUGGAGAAACGGGACAUGUCCCGCAAGACCUGGGUCAAGGUGACGACGGGGAUCCUGGAUCUGGAGUUCACGGUCACCGACGUGAUGGAAGGAAAGGAGUAUCUGUUCCGGGUCACCGCCUGCAACAAGUGCGGACCGGGAGAGCCAGCGUACAUCGACGAGCCAGUCAACGUCUCGUCUCCUGCCACCUGCCCCGACCCCCCAGAGAACCUGCGGUGGAGAGACAAGUCGGCCAGCGGCAUCUUCCUGACCUGGGAGCCGCCCAAGUACGACGGCGGCACGGGCAUCCGCGGCUACAACGUGGAGCGCUGCCAGAGAGGAACGGAUAAGUGGGAGCCCUGCGGGGACAUGGUCCCCGAGCUGAAGUGCCAGGUGACGGGUCUGACGGAGGGCCAGUGGUACGCGUACAGAGUCCGAGCCCUGAACCGCCUCGGGGCCAGCCGGCCCUGCAAGGCCACUGACGAGAUCCAGGCCGUAGACCCCAAAGAGGCCCCGGAGAUCCAGCUGGACGCCAAGCUGCUGGCCGGUCUGACCGCCAAGGCCGGCAGUAAGAUCGAGCUCCCGGCCGAGGUGACGGGGAAGCCCGAGCCGCGGGUCAAGUGGACCAAGGCCGACCUGGUGCUGAAGGCGGAAGACCGGGUGUCCAUCGACACCAAGCCAGGACACUCCACCGUCACCAUCGCCAAGACGCGCCGAGACGACAGCUGCACCUACAUCAUCGAGGCCACCAACAGCAGCGGCCGCGCCACCGCCACCGUAGACGUCAACAUCCUCGAUAAGCCCGGCGCUCCGGCCGCCUUCGACAUCUCCGAGAUCACCAACGAGACGUGCUUCCUGGCGUGGAACCCUCCGCGCGACGACGGCGGCUCCAAAGUCACCAACUACAUCGUGGAGCGCCGCGCGGCCGACAGCGAGAUCUGGCACCGGCUGUCCUCCACCGUGAAGCAGACCACCUACAAGGCCGUGGGCCUGGUCAAGUUCAAGGAGUACAUCUUCAGGGUCUUCGCUGAGAACCAGUUUGGUGUCGGCCCGCCUGCCGAACACCCGUCCAUCAUCGCCAGAUACCCCUUCGAUACUCCCGGCGCUCCGUAUAAGCUGGAGGCCUCAGACAUCGCCAAGGACUCGGUGAGCCUGGCGUGGUACGAGCCCGACGAGGACGGAGGAAGCCCCAUCACCGGCUACUGGGUGGAGAGAUACGAACCGGACCACGACAGGUGGCUCAGGUGCAACAAGCUGCCAAUCAAAGACACCAACUACAGAGUCAAAGGUCUUCCCACCAGGAAGAAGUACAAGUUCAGAGUCCUGGCAGAGAAUCUGGCAGGAACUGGAAAACCCAGCAAGGAGACAGACCAGAUCCUCAUCAAAGACCCUAUCGAUCCCCCCUGGCCUCCCGGUAAACCCACGGUGAAGGACGUGGCAAAGACUUCCUGCUUCCUGGUGUGGACCAAACCGGAGCACGACGGCGGCGCGAAGAUCGACAGCUACGUCAUCGAGAUGCUGAAGAGUGGCACCACGGACUGGAUCCGCGUGGCCGAGGACGUCAGCAUGCUGGAGCACUUCCUGAAGGGCCUGAUGGAGAAGCAGGAGUACUCGUUCAGGGUGCGAGCCGUCAACGUGGCCGGGGAGAGCGAGCCCAGCGAGCCCAGUGAACCCGUGCUCUGCAAAGAGAGACUCAACCCCCCGUCGGCGCCACGCUGGCUGAACGUGGUCAGCAUCUGCCGGAACAGCGCCGACAUGAAGUGGACGGCCCCGGAGCGCGACGGCGGCUCGCGCAUCACCAACUACGUGGUGGAGAAACGCGACGCCCGGCGUAAAGGCUGGCAGACGGUGGACACCACGGUCAAGGAGCUCAAGUACACGGUGACGCCACUCAACGAGGGAUCGCUCUACGUGUUCCGCAUCGCCGCCGAGAACGCCGUGGGCCUCGGGCCCUUCUGCGAGCUGGAGGACAGCGUGAUGGCCAGAGACACUUUCACGUCUCCCGGGCCGCCAUACGCCCUCACCGUCAACGCCGUGACGCUUAUUACGUAA